CGACGUUUAAUUAUAUGUAUGGGUAGUCGUUUUUAAUUACAUUGUCAAAAGUUUUAAGUCCCCUUGAUAAUAUUUGUUACUUAUCUUGUUCGUUACUUCCAAAAUGAAUUUGUCAAAAACGGCGAAAAUAUUAUCUUUUGGAAAAUCUUCAACUACCCACAUUUUGAUUAGAAAUGCUACGAGAUGGUAUCCUGAUGCGGAAUAUUUAGAAAGUUUUAGAGGUCCAGUUAUGUAUCCCAACGAGAUAACUAAAAAUUGGAAGGUCGCUCCUUGGAAUGCCAAGAAAAAACCACCGGAAAGAAUCAUUCAAAAUAUGGUUCUAAAUUUUGGACCCGCUCAUCCAGCCGCGCACGGUUGCUUACGUCUAAUACUAACUCUAGAUGGCGAGCUUGUAAAACGCCUCGAUCCCCACGUAGGACUACUUCACAGAGGAACCGAGAAGCUGAUCGAAUACAAAACUUAUACGCAAGCCUUACCAUACUUUGAUAGGUUGGAUUACCUUUCGCCUUUGGUGAACGAACUAGCUUUUUGUUUAGGUGUCGAAAAACUGCUUGGUAUAAAAGUUCCCAAACGAGCUCAAUAUAUUCGAACAAUGCUCGCCGAAUUAACAAGAUUGAAUAAUCAUUUAGCUGCUACUUCGUUUUUAACAUUGGACGUUGGCAGUAUCACGCCUUUAUUUUGGUAUUUCGAAGAAAGGGAAAAAUUGUAUGAAAUUUUCGAAAGGGCAUGCGGGUCGAGGAUGCACGCUUGUUAUUACAGAAUUGGAGGAGUGAGUCAGGAUUUACCACUUGGUUUGUGUGAUGACAUUUACGAGAUAGUAAAGAAAAUUCCCGAAAGAAUCGAUGAAGUAGAAGACGUUGUAACAAAAAAUCGAUUAUUCAUUGAAAGAACUAAAAAUAUCGGAACUGUCAAAGCACACGAAGCGAUGAAUAGAGGAUUCUCAGGUCCCAUGUUGAGAGCUUCGGGUAUCAAAUGGGAUGUGCGCAAAAUGCAACCGUACGAAGUAUACGAUGAAUUAGAUUUCGAAGUUCCCAUCGGCUUAAAUGGCGACGUUUACGAUAGAUAUUUGCUCAGAAAUAACGAGAUGAGACAAUCUUGUAGAAUGAUUGUGCAAUGUUUGAAUCAAAUGCCAACGGGAGAAAUCAAAUGCGAUGACCAUAAAAUUUCGCCUCCGAAUAGAAAAGAAAUGAAAACUUCGAUGGAAGCCUUGAUACACCAUUUCAAAUUGUUUUCCCAAGGGUUCCAAGUACCGCCGGGCGCCACUUAUACUAGUAUCGAACAUCCAAAAGGCGAAUUUGGUGUAUAUUUAGUGUCUGAUGGUUCAUCUGUCGUAUAUAGAUGCAAAAUAAGAAGUCCUAGUUUUAUACAUUUAUCUGCAAUGGAUUAUAUGGGUAGAAAUCAUUACAUAGCAGAUGUUGUAGCUAUGUUAUCUACCUUAGAUAUAGUGUUUGGUGACGUUGAUAGAUGAGAUUCACGUUUAUAAAUCUCAAGAAAACACGUUACGAAACAAGCAUUAACAUUUAUUCUAUUUUUAAAAAAAAUAUAUCAGUUGCUUAACAGCUUUGGUGCCGUUCGUCAUUUCAGAAGUAAUCGAGUAUCUAAUAAAUUGAAAUAAAAUGAAUUUACAAUUUUGAAAAA